AUGACUCGAGGUAAUCAGAGAGACAAGGCGCGCGAGAAGAAUCUCAAAGAGCAAGCUGGACAGAAAAAGAAGAACACACAAUCGGGCACCGAGUUCCAACGGACAAAGGAACAACAAGCAGCCAUCAUGCGAGAGAAGCAGGCAAAAGCCGAAGCCAAAAAGUCGGAAGGAGGCGCGGACACGAAGAAGAAAUGA